AUGGCCGACAUUCAGAAGCGACUUCAGACACUCUCAGAGGAGUUCACCAAGCUGCAGCAGGAGUUGCAAACUGCAAUUGCAUCUCGGCAGAAGCUCGAGGCUCAAAAGACGGAGAACAUCGGUGUACAGAAGGAGUUCGAGAAGCUCAAAGAUGAAGAGACUAUUUACAAGCUUGUUGGCCCUGUGCUCCUGAAGCAGGACAAAGUCGAAGCAGAGGGUACUGUCAACGGCCGGAUAGAGUUCAUUGGCAAGGAGAUUUCAAGGCUGGAGGGCCAGAUCAAGGAGAUCCAGGCGAAGCUCGAGAAGAUCAAGGGUGAGAUCGUCUCAAUACAAGCAAGUGCUCAAGGCGCUGGUCAGGGGGGAGGCGAAGCAGUAAAGGCAUGA